GCUGCAGAGAGGGACAGUAGAGGAAGUGUUCUGUUCAGGCUGUCAGUGCUGUGGGCUUGGGAAACGCAAUGUCUGUGAACCUUAGUAAGAAUGGCGCCGCUUUACAGGCUGCUUAUAACGAGGUGGUGAACGAGAAAACCAAAACAGACUGGGCUCUCUAUACCUAUGAAGGUAAUAGCAAUGACGUCCGGCUGGCCGGAACUGGAGAUGGGGGCCUUGAGGAGUUAGUGGAAGAACUAAGCAGUGGUAAAGUCAUGUAUGCUUUCUGUAGGGUAAGGGAUCCCAACUCUGGACUCCCAAAAUACGUCCUCAUUAAUUGGACCGGAGAAGGCGUGAAUGAUGUCCGGAAAGGAGCAUGUGCCAACCAUGUCAGAACCAUGGCAAAUUUCUUAAAGGGGGCUCAUGUAACAGUUAAUGCGCGCUCCGAUGAGGAUGUGGAACCGGAAUCCAUCAUGCAGAAAGUGGGUAAAGCAUCUGGAGCCAAUUACAACUUCCACCGAGAGACUAGCAGGGCGGCUGAUGUACCCCAAGGCCCUGUGGGUUCUGUCUACCAAAAGACCAAUGCAAUGUCAGAGAUUAAAAAAGUUGGGAAGGAGAAUUUCUGGGCAAAGGCAGAGAAAGAUGAGGAAGAACGCAGGAUCGAGGAGCAAAAAAGGGCACAAGCAAACAAGGAACGACUGGAGAGAGAACGCAAAGAGAGAGAGCAGAAGGAAGCAGAAGUGCGAGAGAAGAGGUUUCGAGAGAGGGCGGGAGAGAUAGAUGCUCAGAGGAAGCAGCAAGAUGCAGCUGAAACACAACAAAGUGAUGUUGCACCCCAGAGACCCGCUAACCCUCGCGAGAUGUUCUUGCAGAAGGAACGCUCUGUGCCUGAUGCUGCCCCAAGCGGCACACAGCCAGGGAGGCUGCGCAGUCCCUUCUUGCAGAAGACAAGCAGUCAGCCCGAGUCUCCCCCUUCAUCCCCUGUACGUCGUAUACAGGAACCCCCUGCACCCCCCGUGUAUCAAAUACAUCAUGAAACCCCCCCAGAUUCUCCUGUGCAACCAGCCUCUCCUAUUCCUACACCCACUGUCCAUGUAACAGAACCUGUAACCAAACACGAGGAAGAGGAGUUUGUUUACCAGGAGCCUCCAGAAGAACCCUGUAUAUAUGAAGAGCCACCCCAGGAACCUGUUGAAGAACCUGUGUAUGAGUCUGGGGUAGAGGAAGAUAGGGGGAUUUGUGCACGGGCACUGUACGAUUAUCAGGCAGCUGAUGACACCGAAAUUUCCUUUGAUCCAGAUGAUCUUAUCACACAUAUAGAGAUGAUUGAUGAGGGCUGGUGGCGUGGCUAUGGACCGGCUGGGAGCUAUGGCAUGUUCCCUGCCAACUAUGUGGAGCUUCUGGAAUGAAUGAACAAAAGAAUGGGAGUUCUGGGGGGAGGUGGGACACUGUGAUGCGAAGCUCCUAUUGCACUAAAGCAGUUAUAUUAUCAUGGGCUGUAACCACAAAACAAUAGCACUUAACGUCUGUGCAAUCCCAGAAUGCUUAGUGUUGUGUUCAACUGUGAACUAGACAAUAUUAUACACACAGAGAUAUCACUCAUACAGCUCUAGGUAUAGUAAAUAUAUUAUUUUGUUUUUAUCGUAAAUCCAUGAGUACAACUAAAAUUUAACUCAUCCACCAAGAUACCUGUAGAACAUUGCUCAACAUGUGAUUUCAUGUAGCAAAGGUCUCAACAGGGAAAAGGGUUAAAGACCUAAUGCUGUGUGUUUUAUUCCGUGUGCUACAUUCCAGGAGAGUGUCUUCACCAAAUAACCUCACCUCCCAUACCUGUCCAUUACCGUUAUCUUUUUAUCACCUUAUUUUUUGCUCAUUCCCCUUCUGCAUGUCUUCAAUGUUAACCUCUCUGUAUUGUUGUCACUUUAACAUCUUUCUUUUUUUAUUCUCUUUAUCCAUUUUGUAUGCGCCACCACUAACAUAUAUCCAUAUUUUUAUUAUUAACCCUCUUUCCUAAAGACUUUGCACCAUUAAGUCUAGUCUUUAUCCAUCUGAAUCCCAUGUCUGUAUGCCCUUUCUCUUCUCCAUGUGUUACCCUUUGUCUGGACUUUAUCCAUCCUUCUUAAUAUGUCAAGAAGUUCUAUUCUUUGCAGAUCUUUUCUCUUGUUCUCUCCCCAAUUAAUUUACUCAUCCUAGAUUCCAUCUUGUUCAAUCACUGGUGUCAAGCCAUCCUUCACUGUCUGCAAUUUACUCUCUGGUGCUUUAUAGGGACCAUUCAUGUCCCCACUCAUAUUCUUCUCCAUGUGAAAAGGGGGUUUAUCAAGAACACCAAUAAUUCUCAUAUUCAUGAUUUCCCCCCCUAAUUUUGAUCAAAUAACCUUUCCAGGAACCAGUGUGGCCUACCACAAACGAGAUUUGCAAAAUCAACGGUUAUCCUCACAGAUUAUAUAACAGAAUGAACAGCCCCAUAAUUGUUCACAAAUGAUUUGUUAGUUGGUUCUGUAUUCUAAACCUCAUUAAUGUUUACUCUAUUUUAUGAGUUCAACAGGUUAUGUAUAUAAAAUGUGCUUAUUUUAAUCAGGUUUAGAUGUAGAUAGAGAUUCUAACUAUUAAAGCAGAUACAAAAGCCUGUCAAGUUGUAAAGGAGCAUAAGUCUCUUUUUUUUUUUUAAGUUAUGGAUAGUAAAACCAUUUGCAUGUAACUUUCAAAAUAGUACUGUGUCAAUAUUCCUUCAUUUGCACGCUGUUCAAAUCCCAUAAAUUAUGCAUAUAUAGGUAGAAAAUUCAGGAACUUGCACACUUCACCAUACAAAGUAAUUGUCCAUAGCUGGGAUAUUGCUAAUUUCAUGACCUUUGUAUAAUCCUAAAUAUCCUACCUAGGUAUACCUUACAGAAAGCCAUACAAUUUUGGGAUGUCACUAGUGGAAAAUGAUUAAAGGGACACUCAACACAAAUUUUUUCUUUUGUGAUUCAGAUAGAACAUGACAUUUUAAGCAACUUUCUAAUUUACUCCUAUUAUCAAAUGUUCUUUAUUCUCUUGGUAUCUUUAUUUGAAAUGCAAGAAUGUAAGUUUAGAUGCCGGCCCAUUUUUGGUGAACAACCUAGGUUGUCUUUGCUGAUUGGUGGAUAAUUUAAUCCAUCUAAGCUUUUUUUCUUGGUUCAGAACUCUGGACAGCAGUUUUUGAUUGGUGGAUAAAUUAAUCCACCAAUCAAAAACUGCUGUCCAGAGUUCUGAACCAAGAAAAAAAGCUUAGAUGCCUUCUUUUUCAUAUAAAGAUAGGAAGAGAACGAAGAAAAAUUGAUAAUAGGAGUAAAUUAGAAAAUUGCUUAAAAUUACAUGCUCUAUCUGAGUCCCGAAAGAAAAUUUUUGGGUUCAGUGUCCCUUUAAGUAUUGAUACAGAGUACUAUUUUGAAAGUUACAGGUAUAAUAUGCAUAACUUAAAGGGAUGCAUUGAAUAUUUCCAUCAGUUUGUAGAGCGCCAACAGAUUCUGCAGUGCUUUACAUUUAAGUUUUAAAUAGAAGCAUUUUUUGUAAUAUACUUCCAUUAGAAAAAUGUUUCUAGUAAAAGUUAUUAUUGUUCAAGUGACAUAUGCUACAUGUGAUCAGAGCAUCAAGAUUCAAGGGAGGAGCUGGUGAUGGUAAUUAUUGUGUCAGUGAAGACUUAAAGGGACAUGAAACCCAAAAUAUUUCAUUCAUGAAUCAGAUAGAACUUACAAUUUAAAACCGCUUUCCAAUUUACUUCUAUUAUCAAUUUUUCUUCAUUGUCUUUGUAUUCCUUGUAAAAAGAGCAGCAAUGUACUACAGCAGCUAGCUCCCAGUAGUGCAUUGCUGCAACCGAGCCUACCUUGGUAUGCUUUUCAAAAAAGGAUACCAAGAGAACGAAGCAAAAUAGAUAAUAAAAGUAAAUUGUAAAGUUGUUUAAAACUACAUGCCCUAUAUGACUUAUAAAAGAUAAUUUGUGGGUUUCAUGUCACUUUAAUUUGUAUCAUACAAGCCACUACUUACUCUCUGAGAAGGUGUGAUUAACAAAUGCUGGUGCACAGGGCACUCACAGCGUAUGCCGUUGAAACACAGUAACAAGUUUUACUAGAAGCCUUUUUUUGCUAAUGGAUGUAUAUUACCAAAAUGUUUCUAUUUCAAAAUGAAUGGAACCCAUGUAUAUUUCACUUUUGACAUUUAUAUCCCUUAAAAAAAAAAAAAAAAAAAAAGACUUGUCCCUUUAAUGAUGGCUCCUGCCACAGUGCGGCGUAGCCAGAAAUUGUUAACCUGUGCAGUUUGGAGAUUUGGCUACAUACGUUAUAUUUGCCAAUGUAUCCAUCUGAAUGUCAGUCUAGUGCGAUAUCUUUCAAGAUUUCUCUGCCUUUCAAACAAUAGUCCCUCAUUUCUGCUUUUUUGUUUAUAGUGACUUUUUACCCCAUCUAUAAUAGUUUUCUUUCUUCAUAUCCUUCUUGUAAUGAAACACCAGUAGAUUACAUUGUAAGACCAAAUUUAAAUAAAGUUUAAUAAUACAACAACCUGGCAGUGACAUUUGCCACUAACACAUAAAGAGUAGCGGUUAAAUAAUCAACCACCUGUUUAUCUGUAUUUAUUUGUAAUUGGUGGUGAUAUCCUUAAAGAAAUGACAUGCUGGUUGGUCAUAAAGAGAUCAAAUGUACAUUUGUGGUUUUAGAAAACUUUUGGAAAUGUGAAUGACAGUUCAAUUAAUCACUAAAAUGGACCUCUACUGCCAGUUUGCUGUUCGUUUGGACCACCAAUAAUAAUAAUAAUAAUAAAUUAUCAUAUUUCUACUAGAGAAAUUAAAGUUGUGCACUGCUCACUGCAAGCUGGUUAUUGGGAACAUGGUGAAUUGUGUCUUUAAUAUAUUCAGCUGUGAAUCUGGGCCAAACGUUUAGGGGUUACUAAAGCUGUUCUGUCUUAAUUCAUUUUAUAAUGGAACAAUCAUAUUGAUGCAUUUUAUUUUUGCCAUUUUUUAAUCAUUAAACAUAUAAAAUAAAGACUUUGUAAUAA